GUUUCAGCGACUGCCAGGCUUAUACCACCGCAUCGCCAGUGAACCGAUUACUGCGUCAUCUCUCGCUUUGAAUCCGCUCUCACGUCUUCUAUACCAACAUUUUCGCAAUUUAAUCUUGAAAAAUGGACUCUCACAACGUAGACCCUGAGGAAUUUUAUGCGAAACAGGACAGGAUAGGAAAGGGAUCUUUCGGAGAGGUCUACAAAGGCUACGAUAAACGCACCCAGAAGACGGUUGCCAUUAAGAUCAUCGAUCUUGAGAGUGCCGAAGACGAGAUCGAGGAUAUUCAGCAAGAGAUCCAAAUCUUGUCGCAGCUCGACUCACCGUAUGUCACUAAGUACCACGGAUCCUACUUGAAGGGAUCGCAGCUCUGGAUCGUCAUGGAAUAUUGCUCUGGCGGGUCAUGCUCGGAUUUGAUGAAGCCUGGAGUAUUCCGCGAAGAGUACAUCGCCAUUAUUGUGAGGGAGCUUCUCAAGGGUCUUGAAUACUUGCACUCUGAGGGAAAGCUGCACCGAGACAUCAAGGCCGCGAAUAUUCUGCUUUCUGCCAAUGGCGACGUGAAGCUCGCCGACUUUGGUGUCUCCGGUCAGCUAUCUGGUACUCUAUCUGCAAAAAAGAACACAUUCGUAGGAACGCCCUACUGGAUGUCUCCGGAGGUUAUCAAGCAAAGCGGAUAUGAUCACAAAGCCGAUAUUUGGUCUUUGGGUAUCACUGCUAUUGAACUUGCCAGAGGCGAACCGCCAUACGCGGAGUUGCAUCCAAUGAAGGUUCUCUUCCUGAUACCCAAAAACCCACCUCCUACGUUAGAAGGGCCUUUCUCUAAGACUUUCCGAGACUUCGUUUCCUUCUGCUUGCAGCGCGACCCGAAGGAUCGUCCUUCUGCAAGGGAUCUACUCAAGCACAAGUUCGUGCGUAUGGCUAAGAAGACAAACUACCUGACGGAGCUCAUUGAGCGCCAUGAACGCUGGCGAGCUGAAGGUGGUGACCGAAUUGAAGAAGAAGACCGCCGGAAUCCAAUGGAGGAAACCAACUCUGUUGAUUCUGACGAUCUCUGGGACUUCGGCACUGUCCGUCACUCCGCUACCGUCGGGCGCGCGAAGCCCAACCCAGUGCAAGUGUCAGGUCCACCUUUGACAUGGGAGAAUAACGGCUCGAUGCGCUCAGACGGGUCCUCGAGCUCGGGCAGACAUUCAUUUGGGCAUCGCGCUCGCCUGCAGACUCCUGGUAAGGGCGAGCUUCCGCCGAUUCCGCCUCCGGCACCUUCUACGCCGAAGGCUAAGCAUGGUCUCAACCAAGGUACCGUCCGCCAGAUCGUGAAUGGCCAUGGUAUCGCCAGGGAGCUAUCGGACGAGUACGGCGAAGAUUAUGAAGACCAGGACGAACAUGAGGGGCCGCCACCUUCUGAUGACGACCUUCCCGAUACCACCAUGCUCGAUUCUGUCGUUCUUCCCGCUAUCGCAUCACUCUUCCCCCGCGUCUCUACACAGGAGGCCCGUGUCGCCCUCAGCGCCCUCCAGCGCGCCUUCACCGAUGCCGAACGUAUCAUCCCCGGUGUGACCCUCGAGCUUGUGAACGAGAUAGUUGACUCCGUUGAGCAUGUCGACGAAGACCGCUAAAGCGACCCUCGACCAGCUAAUGCUCGACGUGUAUAUCAGGCCCCUCCGCAGCGCUACAUCCCUCUAGUAUCUUUUUCUUGAGUAUCUAUUUUCCCAUGCACACUCAGGCUCUGAACCGGACAUACCACUCCAGCCGCUAAUUCCCUCCGUUUACCCAUCUGCCCAGUCAUCCACAUCUUUCCAUUGCGACCCCUACUUAUGUAGCAUCGCACAUCCAGAUUCAGGCUUCGCAUGUAUCACUACUACACAGAUGUAUACCUCGCCCACUCGUGGUAGCCUACCUGCAACCCACUCAUCAAUGUGUCUGUCUGUCCUGUCUGUCCCGCCGCUGUUAUUGUAUACCUCCGCAGGCAUAUUAUAGUACA